AGUACACUAUAUAAAAACCCAUCUGCAAGUAUGUUCUCCUUGUCCAUGAUGGUGGGACUUGUCCCAAUAGUGUCCCUCUUUGGUUUGUUCUACUCUGCUGCAGUGGAUGAGAACUUCCCUCAAGGCUGCACCAGCAGCAACAGUCUAUGUUUCUACAGUCUGCUGCUGCCGGUGACCAUCCCUGUCUAUGUCUUCUUCCAUCUCUGGAGCUGGAUGGGGAUCAAGCUCUUUAGACACAACUAGGCUGUUUUGGCUGCAUUCAGUACCUUCACCAUUAAAACAUCUAUUGGUAUUGUACCUUGCAUUUCUGAGCCAUUUUUAUUUGGUCAAUAAAAGGUAACAAUGGAUUGUUUGACAUCACAUAUGCAUAUUCAAACACAGCUACAAUGAGGCUUAAUAGCAGGGACUGUUGUUGCUUUCUUAACAAACAAUAGAAUAAUAUACUGCUGUAAUACAUUUUUUGCUUGAGAUACCAAAGAAAUAGACAAAUUGCAGGACAUGAAGUAGAAUGGGACAAAGUAGGUUAAAGGAAAUGGAAUGCAACAAACAACCUGAACACUUAAUGCCAAAAUAUGUCAGUUUUGAGUGUAACCAUGGGAGGAUUUGGUAGAUUUUUUUUUUUUAACGCAGGGUGUUGCUGUGUACAAUAAUUAGCGAUAAAAAAUGUUUUUUUCUUUUGAAUAGUGGUAAUCUGCUUGCUUAGAAAACAGUGAUUACAAGUUUUGUAAAUGUCACAGUCAGUAAAUCCUGAACAUUUGGUAGAGCAGAAUGCUCAAAGUCAUCUUGUGUUAACUGUGUACUUUGAUGUAGUUGAUAUUGUUUGAGCAGAAAUGGAUGCUUAAUUUAUUAAGCUUAAGCUUAUUUGUGUAUGCCAUGCGGCAAAUUACAUAUACUGUUUGCACUGCUGUGGAGGUGAAAUGAAUAAAAAAAUAAUGGUUAGAAAAUA